AUGGAUCCUCAUGAGGAGGCUCUACAAGGCGCCAUUCGCGAUCUCGAAUCAGGUGUUUUUACAAGUCAGAGGGCAGCUGCUAAGGCCUGGGCAGUUCCUCGAACCUCAAUUCAGCGCAGGCUGCAGGGCAGCGUUCCACACGCGAUAGCUCACCAGCAACAGCAGCGAUUAACCCCAGAACAAGAGAGUUUUAUAGUUGAUUGGAUACUUGAGGAGGAUGCGCGAUCUCUACCUCCAUCUCAUGCGCGUGUACGUGAGAUGGCGACUCGGAUAUUAAAGCUCGGCGGCGACCACGAGCCUCUCGGCCAGCGAUGGAUAUCCUCCUUCCUCACCCGUCAACCUCGAGUUGCAAGCAUUGUCGGACGAUCGAUUGAGGCCUCGAGGGCCGAGGCUGCGACUCCUGAUCAGAUCCUAGCGUUCCUUGAGCUCUUCCACAGGACUCGGAUUGAGCUUAAUAUACGGGUGGAGGAUAUAUGGAAUAUGGAUGAGACUGGCAUCGCACUAGGAGUAUGUACAAACUCUCAGGUGAUCGCACGAGCUGGCAAGCGUAAGGCUUACGUGAAAACUCCAGGCGAUCGUGAGUGGGUAUCAAUCCUUGAGACAGUCUCAGCGGCUGGGCGCAAACUUAGGUGUAUGGUGAUCUUCAAGGGACAGAGCCUACAAACAACGUGGUUUCUAUCCAGAUUAGUGCUAGACUGGUUAUAUACUACCUCUAAGAACGGAUGGACCUCGCAUAAGAUAGGAUCUGAGUGGCUAAGGAGUAUAUUUAUCCUAGAGACUCAGCCUAAUGGAAAUCGAUGGAGGAUACUUAUACUUGAUGGCCACGGGUCUCACGUCGAUAUUGAGUUCAUGCUACUCUGCCGUCAGCACAGAAUAUGGACUCUGUAUCUCCCUCCUCACGCCUCUCAUGUCCUGCAGCCUCUGGACCUAGCUCCUUUUAGCGUACUUAAGUCAGGAUAUAGAGCUGAGAUUAGAGCUCUGUCUGCUCUUAAUGAUGCAGCUCCUGUCAAGAAGGAGCGCUUUAUAUCAUCAUACUAUCAUGCGCGAGAGAUAGGCCUGUCUGAGCGUGUGAUUCGAGCUGGUUGGAGAGCUACAGGCAUAUGCCCAUACAACCCUAGUGUAGUCAUUCACUCCUCUCAGGUUUCUGCACGUCCAAUCACUCCUCCACCACCUACACAGCAACAAUCUUCUACAGAUCUACUCUUCUCAACCCCGAAGAGAGCUCAGGAUGUAUAUCAAGCUCAACAGCAGCUCCUACAGUCAGAACCCCUCUCUCGGAGCACACGUCUAGUGCUAGGCAAGGUAGGCAAGGCUAUCUCCUUGUCAAGUGCGUACUCAGCUCAACUAGAGGCAAAGGUUCAAUGCUUGAAACAUCAACUAGAUCAACUCCAGGGUACAGAGACAAGAAAGAGAAUUAGAGUUAAUCCAAAUGAGCGCUUUAGCAAUGCUAAGAGUAUUAAAGCUGCUAUAGAUAAAGCAGCAGCUCAAGCUGAGCAGGCAUCAACAAAGAAGACUGAGAAGGCUGCAAAAGCUGCUGCAGCUCAAGCUGCAGCUCAUACCCUAGCAUCUAUGUGUACACAGUUUCAAAUAUAA